GAUAAAUCUGCAGCCCAUCUGUUAUUUCUGAAAUGUUUUUUGGUGACUGGGAAGAAACAGAAACACAGAAAAAAGACAUCUGAGGAGAUGCAAAUUCUGAAAAGCCGACUGUAGCAGAAAACAGCACAAAUAUAAACGUGCACAGAUGAUUCCGUGUACCUCUGAUCCAUGUAGUUCCUCAGCUGCCCGCAUGUCUUCCUCCGCGCCGGCAGGGGGCGACAGAAGACAGAAGUAACAUCGUCAGUCUGUGUUUACUUGUAACUGAGCUAGCUUUAGCAUCUGCUGAACAUUAAGGUACAGCUGCUGAGAGGUCAGAGGUCAGCACGCCUUCAUCAUGGUCAAACAGCCACAGAGGACAGACAGGUGUUUUAUACCCACUGCAGGAAGUGCAUUGGCGAGGGUUCGAUUCCCUGUCUGUGCUGCUCAGAGGAGGCCGCCUCCACCCCAGCAGGCGUCAGAAACAGGAAGUACCGAGAGCUGGCCACGCUGCAGCUCCACCGCCACAGAAGAAGAGAGGGGUGCUGAUGGGCCGAGCCAGCCUGGAGGCGCGGGGUUGGAGGGAGGAUCAGAAGAAUCGGACUCAAAGCGAGUGAGGAUGGAGGACGACGCUGCUCCGCCCGGCAGAGUCCCCGGGUCAUGUGCUCCAGCGGCAGAUGUUCCUCCUCCCGACCAGCAGGGGGCAGCAGAGCACAGCGAGGGCAGCAGAGCAGCCGAGCUGCAGGGCGUGGGGUCACUGAAGGUCACCAUCCAGCAGAGCAGCGAGAGCCGAGAGUUUGGACAGACGGACAGGACGGCCGAGAGACAGACGGGCGGACUCCACUGUCACGUCUGUGACCUCACGUGUCGCUCUCUCCUGCUGUUUCAGGAGCACAUGGCAGGACCUGAACAUGUGAAGAAGCUGCAGGAGAUCACACACUCCAUCCACCUCAACACACACACACCGCAGGACAGGGGGCGCUGCCGUGAGUCGCAGUGCUGGUGCGACACCUGUCAGACUCACUUCAGCGGUGAUGUCAUCAUUCAUCGGCGGACCAAACGACACAAGAUGUGCAAGCAGCUCUGCCGGCCCUUCUGUCCGGUGUGUGGACGUCACUUCAGGACGCCCAGGAAGUUUGUGGAGCACAUGAAGUCAUCGGAACAUAAACAGCAGGUGCUCCUGGAGGAGGCUCAGGAGGAGGAGCUCAUCACUGUGGAUGCUGUCGGCUGCUUCGAGGAGGAGGGGGAGGAGGAGGAGGAGGGGGCGGUGGUGGAGGAAGAAGUGGACGCAGCUGACGAGGAAGAGGAUGCAGCAACAAAGGAAGACGCGUCAGAGGUGGCUGAGGAAGAGGAGGACAAGCGGCGAGCAGAGUACGACCCCAGCACGGCGUGCGGUGUGUCAGCGAAGAGUGCACAGCAUAAAUAUGUGGACAGUCACAGAGACACCGUGCUCAGAGGAAGCGGCGGCGAGGACAGAGAGACGAGGACCGAUCUGCUCCGCCCUGACCGCCUCACCGUGUCCCACAAUGCAUCGCUGCAUCCAGGUGAUGCUCUGAUCACCUUUCUUGUGUUUGACUGGUGGCUGCUGCAGGAGCUGCAGCGCCCCCUGGUGGCUCAGCCGUGCAUCAUGUUCAUCGUGUUUCCACAUCCCCACAGCCCACGUGAAAGAACAAGAACCACCGACGUGGUGUUCGGGUCAGAUCUGAGCUGGGUUAGACUUCAUGUUCCGGUCCACGUGGCAUGCUGUACCCAGCCCGGCCGCAGGGGGCGCCCUCCCUGCUCAGCGCGGAGGAUUGUGGGUCGGAGGAGGCAGCAGCGGGGCAUCUUCAUCAUCACUGCGGGCCGGACCGGGACGUGA